UUCAGUUAAAUUUACUAAGAAUACGCCAAUUUACAUUUUUACAAUGUCGAAUUUCAAUGCUUUAUUAUAAUAAUACAUACGUUGUGUACACAAUGUUUUGCAUAAACGUUCAUUAUUGAUGCACAUUGAACUUAGAAUGUGCAGUGUAAUGGCCGUGGUCCGCAUUUCAGUGGUGCAUUAAAAUUUCCAAUCAUGGCUGUGAUUUUGAAGGGUGCUGGCAAAUUAUAUUAUUAUCUCAACGAGGACAUUGCAGAUGAAAGAAUACAAGAGUGGCCGCUUAUGCGAACCCCGUGGCCUGGACUAACUCUCCUGGCACUGUAUUUGUUCGCCGUAUACAAAUGGUUGCCCGAUUACAUGAGUAAACGACCGCCUUAUGAUCUGCGAUUCUUGAUGGCAAUUUAUAACAUAAUACAGAUCAUUGGCUGUGUAUACGUAUUUUACCAAAGUCUAACAUUAGGAUGGUUGAACCAGUACUCGCUUGUUUGCCAGCCUGUCAACGACGGUCCUCACAGCUUCCUGUACGCCUGGAGAGUCUGCUACAUUUACUUUGUGAUCAAGAUAAUGGAUCUCUUAGAUACGAUAUUUUUUGUUCUGCGAAAAAAACAAAACCAAGUAACAUUUCUUCAUGUUUACCAUCAUUGUGGAAUGGUGGCUGUGGCAUGGGGCAUCGUGAAGUGGGUGCCAGGCGGCCACGUCACUCUGAUGGUCACUAUCAACUCCUUUGUGCACAUCGUCAUGUACGUAUACUACUUAUUGACGACAUGGGACGAGUCCUAUAAGAGAUCGCUGUGGUGGAAAAAACACGUCACUCAAGUCCAGAUUAUCCAGUUCAGUAUAAUACUUAUACACUUUCUGGCGCUGUUGGCAACUCAGGAUUGCGCAUUUCCACGCCAACCGAUCUACAUUCUUCUCCCACAAAAUCUGUUUAUCUUCAUCCUGUUCUGCGACUUUUAUUAUAAGGCCUACAUAAGCAAACCAAAAGUAAAUUGAUUUAAAAUGUUUACGUAAUGCUGUAACCGAAAAUAAAUAUAUUUUUUCUUUUUUGAU